UUCAAGGAAAAGAGUGGCAACGAUGGAGCACUCUGCCAGCUUUCUAUGACUGAUGUCGAAGCUGAAUUGAACCAUGGAAGCCAAACCCCGGUGCUCGCAAAGAGCUUUAACCUGCUCAGUGCCUGUACAACUGGAAUGACCACCGGAAACGUAUGGGCAGUGCUGGGUGGUGGCAUUGUAUGUGACUUUCUUAUCACCUCCCUCUACAACGGUGGUCCUCCCGGCGCCAUAUAUGAAUUUACCCUCGUUGCCCUCUUGUACUGUCCAAUUGCCGCCUCCAUCGCAGAGCUAUCAUCUGCAGUUCCGACAUCUGGAGGAGUAUACCACUGGGCCACAUUGACCGCCGGGCCUCGUUACGGACGUAUCUGCGGUUGGUUCGCCGGUUGGUUGAAUGGUCUGGCAUGGGCUUUCGCGAUCUGCGGUAACUGCUCAAUGGUCAGUAGCAUGAUUAUCUAUGCAUAUGCGAUUUAUCACCCGGGAUUUCACCCAGAGCGCUGGCACGUUUUCAUCUGUUAUCUGAUCACGGCUGCGGUGAGUUGCUUGACGGUUAUGUUUGCUCAGCGAACACUGCCGUUUAUCAGCAGACUAGGCUCAUUCUUCAUCGUUGCAAAUCUUCUGAUCAUUUUGAUGGUCUGUGCUAUCAUGCCUAGCCGGGACGGCGCUGGCUAUGCAUCAAGCAGCUUUGUGUGGAAGGACUGGAAGAACACGACCGGAUACUCAAGCCAGGGCUUCACUUUUCUCGCUGGCAUGCUUAAUGGCGCCUUCGGUGUCGGUGCAGUCGACGCGGUUACACAUCUCAGCGAAGAAAUUCCACAAGCAGCGAAAAAUGUCCCUAAAGCAAUAGCCUGUCAAGUGGUCAUCGGAUUCGUAACGGGCUUCUGCUACCUCGUUGCCAUGUUCUAUGCUGUUACCGACUUGCCGAAAAUCAUGAACUCGGAUUCCGUGUCUCCGCUUGGGGAAAUCUACUUGCAAGCAACUGGGUCCAAAGCUGGUGCUGUCGGGCUUUUGACUCUCACAAUCUGUCCCAUUCUAUGUGCAACAGUGGGUUGCUAUAUCACUGCAGGGAGAACCAUCUACUCGCUUGGUCGUGAUGAUGCCACUCCUUUCGGCCACUGGAUCGGAGCGGUUAGUGUCCGAUGGCACAGUCCUCUAUAUGCCACUACGGCCUGUGGGGUAUUCGUGAUUUGUAUGGGAGCAAUCUACGUGGGAUCGCUCACCGCGUUCAAUGCUUUCAUCAGCUCUUUUGUCGUGCUCACGACCUUGUCAUACCUUCUUGCCAUUCUCCCGCACCUUAUCACAGGGCGACGAAACAUUCGACGUGGUUCGUUCUGGUUGGGCCGAUGCGGCUUUGCUAUUAAUGCCAGUGCGUGCUCAUAUAUCAUGGCCUCGAUUGUCAUUUACUGUUUUCCCUACAGUGUACCGACCACCCCGGAAUCGAUGAACUAUACGAGCGUGAUCACCUGUGGUUUGGUGGUCUUGGUGGGGGUUUGGUGGGUCUUUUACGGUCGGGGCAAUUAUCAUGGACCGAACUUAAAUUAUGAGGAAUAG